AUGGGAGAUUCUGGUAAUGCAUUGAGGGAUGCAGAGGCCUCUCUCAAGGAGGACAAAGAAUUCUUCAAGGGUUUGUAUCAGAAAGCGGAAGCUUUAUACACCAUGGGAGACUUUGAGUUUGCCCUGGUGUUUUACCACAGGGGGCACAAACUGAGGCCAGAGCUGCAGGAAUUUAGACUGGGAAUCCAGAAGGCCCAAGAGGCUAUCGACAACUCUGUGGGCAGCCCCUCAUCUGUGAAACUGGAAAACAAGGGCGACCUGUCCUUCUUCCACAAGGCCGAUGAGGUGAAGAAGGGACGACCAAAGGGGCUGAUUCACCCCCUGAGAAGGGAGAUGAGGCAGCAGAACCAGAAGACGCCUAAGAGUGAGAAGACAGCCAAGCAGCUUCUGGGAGAGCUCUACAGCGAUAAGGAGUACCUAGAGAAGCUACUGAAAGAUGAAGACUUGGUGAAAGGUAAGAUGCGGGAUGGGGAGAGACUGCAGGACCUCAUCCUCAACUGCAUCACCUAUCUGGACACACGCACUGAGUUCUGGCGCCAGCAGAAGCCCAUCUACUCACGGGAGAGAGACCGCAAGCUCAUGCAGCAGAAGUGGAACAAGACCCGGCAGAACCCUCCCUCUGAUCCCACCCGUUUUGUACUCAAGAGCCUGGAAGAGAUUGAUGCAGGCAAUGCAGAGAGCAGCCUGAAGAAAGCUCGGGAGGUCCUGAAGUCAGUUCAAUGCUGGUCAGAGGAGGUGGUUCCCAAUAAGAAAGAGGUGCUGGGGAACCUUCACAGCUGCAUUGGAAAUGCCCUGAUUGACCUGGGAAAAAUGGACAGAGCCCUAGACAACCAUCUGAAGGACUUGGACCUCGCCAGACAAUGCAAACUCCCAGAGGCAAAGUCGAGGGCACUUGAUAAUGUUGGCCGAGUGUACGCCAGAAUAGGAAAGUUCCCACAGGCUAUCGAUGCCUGGGAGGAAAAGAUCCCCCUGGCCAGUGGCGGUUUGGAGAGGACCUGGCUGUUCCAUGAGAUAGGCCGCUGCUACCUGGAGCUGAAGCGUCACACCGAGGCCCGGGACUACGGCGUUCGCUCACUCGCUGUGGCCGAUGAAAUCGCUGAUGAGAAGUGGCAACUGAACGCCUGUGUGUUGGUAGCACAGUCCGAGAUGAAGCUUGGCAACUUUAAAUCCGGUGUUGCCCACUUUGAAAGAGCUUUGGACAGGGCUAAGGUUCUCCAGGAUGACCCUGCUAGGGAUGCCAUCCAGAAGGUUACCUGA